AUGGUGAAAGUAGCAUUUUUGGGUCCGAAAGGAACGUAUACCCACCAAGCGGUUUUACAGGAAUUUGGGGAAGAUAUUCAAAUACUACCGCAACUAAGCAUUGGAGACUGUUUCAAGGCAGUUGAUUCGAAUGAAGUCGAUUAUUCUGUCGUUCCUUUCGAGAACAGCACAAAUGGACAGGUUGUUUUCACUUAUGAUUUGAUCAGAGAUUGGUACAUGCGCAAGAAUGCUCCUCCUAAGUUCAAAAUUGUUGGAGAACAGUUUGUGUUCAUUCAUCAUAACUUACUUUCCAAAGAGUUGGACGUUCAUAACAUAACCAAAGUAUAUUCCCACCCACAAGUCUGGGGUCAGGUUACCAAUUUCUUGUCAACUUUGAACCCCAAUGUCGUGAGAGCUGAUUGUUCUUCCACUUCCAAAGCUGCAGAAAUUGUCCGUCUCAGCAACGAAAAGGGAGUAGCAUGCAUUUCAUCCGCAAUGUGUUCAAAGUUGUAUAACCUUCCUAUAAUAAAGCCAAACAUCGAGGACAAUAGAGGGAACACCACCCGAUUCUUGAUAUUAGGAGAGACUGGGUUACCUAAAAAGGCUGCUGUUCCCAAGUAUAUAACCUCGAUCAUUUUUACGGUGAAUCUGGACCAGGAACCAGGUGCAUUGUGUUCUGCAUUGACAGCAUUCCAGGAAAACAACACCAACCUAAUAUCAAUCAAUUCCAGACCAUCAGCCGAAAAAAACUGGCUGUAUGCAUUUUUCGUUGAAGUUAUUGGCAACUAUCUCACCGACGAAAACGUCCAAAACAGUUUGAAAUCAUUAAAUUCCAAAUGCUCCGAAAUUGUUACUUUGGGAGUAUUUGAAAGAACCACUAGAUAA